AUGGCGGACAGCAACAGCACAACAACAUUUAUAGACCAAUUAAAUUCUCUUCGCUCAAUUUUACGUUCCGAUGAUCAUCUUCACAUUCAACCAUCGGGAGAUUACGAACAAGUUCGCAUCAAACUCGAUCAUGAUAUUCAAUUAGGUUUUUUCUUUGAUUCACUUGAUUCUCUUAACAAAUCCUUAACUGUCAAUAAUGUCACUGACUUACGAAUGAAUAAAUCAUCGAAUAAAUGUCCAUUGAGUAAUGCUGAAUGGACAACUAUUCGUAAAUAUUUUGAUGAGCUUAUUCGAAAAUCGAACAAAUCAACUUCAGUUGAAUCAAUUAUUCAAUCAAUUCAAGAUCACUUAUUAAAAUUGACCAUAACAAGUCAAAAGUCGAAACAAACAGAUAAAACGUUAGAUGAUGUUACACCAGCCGAAGAUAUGUCUUCGCCAGGAAAUAAAUUUCGUGGUACGAUAUCGAUAUUUAAUCGAAUCUUACACGAUAAAACAAUCGAUCGAUCACAAGUGAUGCUUGGCUAUGAAGAUCGUUUUACCGGAAUACAUGAAAUGCCAUUUAAUGAAUUUAAAAGAGUGGAAAAUCAUGAGACAGGCGUUCCAAUGCAUCGUGUUCGAUAUUUUAAAAUUAAUGGAAAUAUUGUUUGGGAUAGAACGAAAAAGAUAGAUUUACUAACGGGGAGUGAUCAACCGAAUGGAGCACCUAUUGAAAAUAAUCCAAGCUCUAAUCUUGCACAAGGAUUAUAUCGUUUUGAUCCUUCUCUUCAACAAUGGGUGGAAUGCCCACAUAUAUCACUAGCAUCCGAUGACACUAAAAUUCCAUCAACAAAAGAAACGUGUCUACCUGAACGAUGCCAUUUUCUAUCGUGGAAUAUUCUAUCUGAUAAUUACCAAACAGAAUCUAUUCACACCUGUCAACGACAUCAUACAUUGCUUUAUACACUGAAAACACUUUUACCCGAUGUUAUUUGUUUACAAGACGUCACAGUUAGUUUUCUGAAUCUUCUUCUAAAUGAAUUAUGGCUACAAGAAAAUAAUUAUUAUAUUGUUAUUAUGAAAAGUGUGAUUAAUAGUGAACAAAAUAAAUCCUGUGGACAAAUGAUAUUGACAAAAAAUUUUCGACCUCGAUCAUUGACAAUGUGUCCACUUCAUGUUUCCGGUGAUGCUGAAACAACAAAAGAAAUUAUUAUGGCUAGAUUUGGUCUAAGUCCUAAAAUAACAAUUGAUCUCGCUAAUCUUCACUUGUUUAGUGAUCAUUGUGAUAAUGUAGAAGAAAAACGUUGUCAAACGUUAGAAAAUAUUUUUAACAAAAUGAAAACAAAUAACUACAUGCUUAUUGGAGAUUUUAAUUUUGGAGAUUAUAAUUUGAAAGAACAAGAUAUUCUCGAAAAAUAUCAAGACGAAGUUCAUGAUCUCUGGAAAGAUAUUUAUCAUAUUGAUCAGAAUCCCGGUUAUACAUUUGAUCCAUCCAGUAAUCUUUGUGCUCGCAUCACAUCUACUUCACAAAUAAAGCUUCGCUCAGAUCGAUAUUUAAUGCGUACAUUAGAUACUCUUUCAUAUUCUAUUGAACAUCUGGCGAUCAUUGCGACUGAAACCAUUCCUAUCAAUCCAUUCGAUGAUGAUGAUUUUCAACGAAUUCAUCAAUCUGAUCAUUAUGCUUUACAAUUAGUUAUGAAUUUUCGAACACGAUCCAUCAGUCAUCGCUCGGCAGUUGCCAUUUUACCAACACUGAAUACAUGGCCAUUGAUCGAUCCUUAUCGACAACAAUAUGAUCCAUCGUUCGAUCGAUGGCCUCCACAUAUUAAUCUACUAUGGCCAUUUUUCGAUUUAACCGAUUGUGAAGAAGAUCAAGAAAAUAUUCUUUUACAAUUGCGGCUUCUCUUAUGUCAAUAUGAAUCCUUUUCUGCUGGAAUCGAUCAAAUAGAUUCAUUCGUCGAAAAUAAAACGAUCUACAUGAAAUUAAAUCAACAGUCCGAAAACCAUGUGAAAAAAUUACACGCGCAACUCAUCAAACUCUUUCCGCAACUUUCGGGAAAUCAUAAAAAUCGUUAUAAUCCAAGUAUGACAAUCGGAUACUUUGAUACUGACGAAAAAUUUAAACAAGCGAAAUCAUCACUAAUUUUAAAUGAAUCAUUUCAAUUUCCUGUUCAUUAUAUUUAUAUUCUACAACGAUCACUUGACAAUGAUACAGAACCAUUUCAUAUUGCUUAUCAAUUACCCUUAGGUUCUGUGCUCCCACCAAUCAAUUCUAAACAAUUACACUCUGUAGAUGAGAAAUUACAGCAAUUCUUUCAAACCAUGAAUCUCUAUGAAAGUGAACAAUCUUACCAAAGAAAACAAGAGAAAUUCGAGAAACUUUCAUCUUGUUUCGAACAAAUAUUCAACAAUGACACAUUACACUGCUUCACUCAUUCAUUUCUUCCCUAUGGAAGUUUUCGUAUUGGAAUCAAUGGACAAGAUGUUGAUACAGUAUUUAUUUUAAAUGAAAUUAAGUGUGAUAACAAUCAAGCGACUAGUUUUGAUGAAGCACUUCGUGAAUUGAAACAUGAUCCAACUGGAUUAAAUGAUCAUAUUGUUGAUUUAUUGGAGACACAAAUCAAUGGAACUAUGAAAAAUGAAAUUCUUCACUAUCGAAAGAUUCAAGCUCUAUUUCCAAUAAUAUCAAUUGUAUUUCAUGAUCAAACAAAAGUAGAAAUAUUUGUGCAGAUAAAAAUAAUCAAAGAAAAAUCGGCUAAAUACGAUUUGAACCUAGUUUCGAAUUUUCAUGAACCUAUUACAGGGGUGCAUGAAAUUGAAUACUUACUCGUUCAUGUGCGUUCUCCACCUAUCUUUCAGUAUCUGCUAACAUUCGUUCGAACGUGGGCACAACGUGUCGGCCUCUAUGGUCGUGUCUAUGGUUAUUUAGGUGGUUACUCAUGGGCUAUUUUAUGUGCCUAUAUUUGCCAUAAAUUUCUGGCACCGAUAAAAUCUCUUUCAUCAAUUGAACAAUUCUCUAUUGAGGAAUUCUUUUCAUUAGUACAACAAUUUUUUUCAACAUUCGCACAUUUCAAUUGGUUAGGAGACACUGUUCGUCUCUAUCCGAAAACAUAUAAACAGAAGUCGCUGUCUGAUAAAUCACUCGCAUAUCAUCGAGGUUCUAUGCGUAUUAUAUCACCAAGUGCACCAUUUAACAAUACAGGACGAUCAACCAGUAACUCUACUCGUGAUCUAAUUAGUGAAGGUUUUGAACGUGUUCUACAAUUAAUCGAUACAAUCAAUACGAUCACUCUAGAUGAUAAAUCAAAUGCACUGAGACAAAUUCUCGAGUUAACUAACCAUUUUCCUAAUGAAAAAAUGAAAUCAAUUCUUCAAUUAACACUUUCAAGCGACAGUACUGAUGAACUGCAUGCUUGGACUGGUUGGAUGCAAUCACGCUUAGCUCACUUCCUAAAUGAUUGUGAAGAAGAAUGUCAUUUAUCUAUUCAAACACAAAGUUCAAUUGAAUAUCGAUCAAAGAAUACGGAAGCGUUUUAUUCAAUUGGUUUUCAAGUUGAUCCACAAUCAUUGAAUCAGCAUCGAUAUUUUUCAUAUUGGCUAAAACAAUUUCUUGAUCAAUUCAAUCUAUUCCCACAGCGAACAGAAUCAAUGAAAGUUUCACAUAAAAUUAUUUGCAUACAUGAUUGGAAACUUGAACGAAUGCAACCGAAACCACAAAGAAUAAGAAAAUAA